AUGUCUUCCCAAAAUCUUGAUGCGCGUGUGCUGGAGGAUCGUACGUUGGAAACGGAGCCAUUCGGCGAGUUUACCAUCGGCUACAGAGAGAACCAACCCGCAGAGGACGGUGUUGUGCACUUCAGUUGCAAUUCGCCAUGGGCGACUGGUCAUUUCACUCUCAAGAUCCUGAGGAAGGCCAAAGUGACCGAUGACCCGCCGGAGGUACUGUCCAACGGUUUCUACCACGACCCGAUGGAAGGAAAGCUUCAAAUUUUCUGGCAGCAGCAGGGCGAACUGCAGUUCAGCGGGUCAAACUUGGCACACAGCGUGCACGCGGAUGUGGGAAAAAAUGCUCUGAUUGUUGGCUACAACACUGCGAUUUUCUACGAUUGGGAUCCCACGAAGGCGGCCACUGUUCACAUUAGGAGGCAGAGCUCCUGGGGUCGCUCGACUAAAAGCUCUGUCUUACAGGUGCCGAUUUUGAUGAACUCUACUCGUCGUCGUCCGCAGAACCUGAGCUACCACCACAAAACCAACAAAAUGUCCUGGAAAGCACCACAAGACGAAAAGGAGCUGCUCGGCUACACUGUCUACUGGUGCACUGCCUUAAGAAACAACUCCCAACUCUGUGACGACCACAAUCCAGUGAAUUUUCACAUGCUGGAAAAAUCACAGCUUGAGUUCCAGUGGGACGAGUCUAUGGCUCAAUUAAAUAAGGGAGUGGGAGCGCGAUACAAUGACAACUCCGGCGGAGGAGUUCAGUGGAUCGGACCAGGGUUUCCCGAAAACACUUAUGUCCCUCGAUUGAGUUUCUACUUGGGCUUCUUGAUCAUCUAUAUCAUUAUAAUGGUCUUCUAUUGUAAAUGGAAAAGUAUGGCCGAAAUCGAGAUCAGCUUGCCUCCCAUAUUCGAUCCUAUAGUGAUGAAAGAAUUAGGAGUGAAAACUCUUGACUUUGCCUAG